CACGGCCACACGGGAGACGGUCUCAUCAUCUCUCAAGCCUCCCCUUCCAGAUCCAGCCGACAGACCGCAUAUUCCACCGCAAGGCAAGGGCGUCAUCGUCUUCCUCAUCCCCUUCCGGCCCCGGCCUUCCCCAUUCCCCUCUCCCCGUCCCCGGACCCCGGGCUCCUGUGGAGCGGAUUUUCGGCCCAGGCUCUUUCUCCUCCCACCACGCCUUAUCCUCUCUCUCGGUCUCGGCCUUCCUUUCCUAGCGGCGACGACAGGGCGAGUUGCGCUGCCCGCCAGUUCUUCGUCGGGCGACGGGCGCUUCGCCGGCGACGAGCAUCCGACAGGGGGUCCUAUACUAGGCCCGCCCCUGUUGUGGGACGCAUCCGAUCGGAUCGACUCUUUUAUGAGUUCACAGGACGCCCAGCAUGAAGUUUCUAGAAUACACCCCCUUCGACAGCAUAAACUUGUUCCUCGACCAACUCAACCUUGGGGAUUGCGCAAUCAGAGGAAACCUUGAGGCCUUCUCAUGCAAGCACACUUCGACAGACCGUCGGCUUUCAAUAAGCCUAGAACAUGAGAUUCUUGAUUACCUAGGCAAGUCCUCUGACAGUGAUCCUUCUUCACCAGUGGAGCACCUAUCCUCCAGAUCCAGCCGGAAGACAUUAAUAUAUCUGGUUCUGACUCUUGGCCACAUGUAUCCAGAUUAUGAUUUCAGUGCUGUUCGGGCACACUUGUUCUUCCAAGAAGAGGAGAUGGAAAGUUUCAAGCAGAUGAUAGACACCUACUUAUCGGACGCUUCUAGGCAAUGGGCAGCAACAAAUGAGGGCAGUUCUCUUCUGGACAGUAUGACUAAGGCUAUUGAUGAGGUUAUCAAAAUCAGAGAGUGUGACAUCUACAGCUAUAACCCAGACUCUGAUGGAGAUCCAGUUCAAGAGAAAGGGGCCAUAUGGUCAUUCUACUACUUCUUCUACAAUAGGAAGCUAAAGCGAGUUGUGAGCUUUCGCUGUUACUGCACUAGCAAAUUAUCAGGAGAUGACUUCCUAACUGGUGCGGCGUCUGAUGGUGAAGAGGAAGAUGCCUUGAUCGACAUGGACAUAUGACUGACCGCAUUCUGCUCGGAACCUGUUGUGUGUGUAAUAUAGAGCGUUAUGCCCCAUUCCUGCCAGGAAGCUUUUAAUAUAACUACCCUUGUAUCGCAGCCUGUGAAAACCAUGGCCCUUGUUAGUGUUGUUUGUAUAUGCGGAUUGGGACUUCGCAGCGGCAGACUUUUAAUCCUGAAAGCUUGAGCUGCCACGGUAAUUUGGUACUCUAGUGUUUGCUGGAACUGGAGUCUAUGUUCUGCCUGGUUAAACAAUAAGAUAUUCAGACAAUUGGGUGAAUUGAAGUGUCAAAUUUGCUCAAUUGUUCAUUCA